CGCCCCCAGCCUUGGCGGGGUCAUGGGGGCCCCCCGUUUCUGGCCGGGGGACGUGCGAAUCGGGGCGCUGCUGCUGCUCGGGUUUGGGGGGCUGGUGUCUGGGCUCAGCCUGGAGCCCGUCUACUGGAAUUCGGCGAAUAAGAGGUUCCAGGCAGAGGGUGGUUAUGUGCUCUACCCUCAGAUUGGGGACCGGCUAGACCUGCUCUGUCCCCGGGCCCGGCCGCCAGGACCCCACUCCUCUCCUAAUUAUGAGUUCUACAAGCUGUAUCUGGUAGGGGGUGCCCAGGGCCGACGCUGUGAGGCACCCCCAGCCCCUAAUCUCCUCCUCACUUGUGACCGACCAGACCUGGAUCUUCGCUUCACCAUCAAGUUCCAGGAGUACAGCCCUAACCUCUGGGGCCAUGAGUUCCGCUCACACCAUGAUUACUACAUAAUUGCCACCUCUGAUGGGACCCGGGAAGGCCUGGAGAGCUUGCAGGGAGGUGUGUGUCUCACCCGAGGCAUGAAGGUCCUCCUCCGCGUGGGACAAAGUCCCCGAGGAGGAGCUGCCCCCCGAAAGCCUGUGUCUGAAAUACCCAUGGAGAGGGAGCGAGGAGCAGCCCAUAGCCUGGAGCCCGGGAAGGAGACCCUGCCAGGUCUGUUCCUCUUCCCUAGCAUCCUCCUCCCUCCAUCUCCUUUUCCCCCUCUUGAUUUUCUUCUCCUGUGCCUCUUCCAUCUCCCAGGUUGGGGCCUAACAGCCUGUUUCCCCUCAGCUCUGCCCCUUCUGACCGCUCUUACCCACCACUCCCCUCAGUCUGCCAGAAACAGGGGCCUUGUGGUGAAGGCUCUGACCAUUCCACCCAGCUCAGGGCAUGGGCAGCAGGGCCUCCUCCUCUGCCUUGCCCCAGGCCUCUACGUACUUACUCCAGCCAUUUGGGGUGGUGGGGUUAUGACAGCUAUCAUGAGAAGAGGUGUGCCCAUUUUGUCCAGUGGCCGAUAGCAAGAUAUGAACCUGUUGGGACACAUAAGGAUUUUGAUGCUGAAUGGACCACUUGGGACUUGCUCCAGACAAGAAGUGACCAGGCCGGACAGAAGUGGCUUGGGAAGUGGCAGAAGAAUUGCAGCAGGAACUGGAAGUGCCUUCAUCCAGGACAGGAAGUAGUACUUCUGAAAUAGGAAGUGGGUCUGGUUGGAAGUGAAGUUGCCUAGUUCGGAGGUGGGGUGGGCCGGAGUUGAAGCAGGGGCAGGAAGAACUUUCUGUUUCAGGAGGAAGCUGGAACUUUAUAUUAGAAGAUAGGGUGGACGGGGGAGGAUUUUCCCUGCAUUCAGUGGCACUUCCCAAGUGCUCCCUUCCCUUGUUCUCUGUGCUGCUUGUAGGACUUCUAAGCUGACCGCCCACUUACUGUGGCAGGUCGAAUUUGUCUUGUUCUUCCCUUCUCAUAUCCCAGUAUAAUCUCUGUUACUCAACAGGCCUGUUCCCACAACCCCCGUGUUCUCUCCCAGUAGCCCAGGUGGCUGUUUUGUUCAUCAUGGCCUCCAUUUCCUACUCCCUUCAGACUCAACACAGCUCCCUUAGUGACCAAGAUGGUGGCCUGCUGACUGGCCUAGCCGACAGUGGUACUUAACUUCCGCCAUUGUUUCCGUGUGACCAGUUUAUACCUCUUCCUGCCCUCUAGUGCACAAUCGGGUGUUGUCUCAGUUUCCUCCCAGCUCAGUUUCUUUAGAUCAGAGCUGUCCAUGGGCACCAAGUUGGCCACCUUAAUCACCAGCCAAAAUGGUUGCUUUGUCCACCAGAGGUCAAGUCAUCUCUCUGGUGCUGUAGUUCCCAGCUUCUUCCUGAUUUUUCUAAUUGCUCCUUCCAGGGAACAGGAAGUUGAUAUGGGGGAGGUGGCAGGGUGUGGCCGUCACCUCAAUAGUUUUACUGUAAAGGGAAAUUUGAACAACAAAAACCAAAAAAAAAAAAAAAAGAAUAAAAAAUUUCAAAAGUUGAUGCAAA